GGCCCGGGCGGGCCUCGUCUCAGCUAUCGGCAGCGGCGGCGCUGCGGGAGCUCCGGCGGCCGCGAUCCUAAUGGCUGCGCGCGGGCCGCGCUGAGCGCGGGCGGAGAGCGACGGGCGUGGGGCUGCGGAGAGCGAGAGCGAGCGCGGCCGGACCCUGGCCAGGCCCCGCCCGACCGGCCGAGCCCGCGAUGCGCCCCGGGGUCUCCCCCCGGCGCAGCUGACGCCGCGGCCCGCGGAGACCCCGGCCGGUCGGCCCCGAAGAGCGGCCACCCCGGCCCAGGCCGCGAUGGCGGGGAAGGCAGCCGCCCCGGGCACCGCGGUGCUGCUGGUCACGGCCAACGUGGGCUCGCUCUUCGACGACCCAGAAAACCUCCAGAAGAACUGGCUGCGGGAAUUUUAUCAGGUCGUGCACACGCACAGGCCGCACUUCCUGGCCCUGCACUGCCAGGAGUUCGGAGGGAAGAACUAUGAAGCCUCCAUGUCGCACGUGGACAAGUUCGUCAGAGAGCUGCUGUCCGGUGAUGCGAUGAAAGAGUAUAACAGGGCGCGGGUCUACCUGGAUGAAAACUACGAGUCCCAGGAACACUUCACGGCACUAGGAAGCUUUUACUUUCUUCACGAAUCCUUAAAAAACAUCUCCCAGUUUGACUUUAAAGCCAAGAAGUAUAAAAAAGUCACUGGUAAGGAGAUCUACUCAGACACGCUGGAGAGCACGCCCAUGCUGGAGAAAGAGAAGUUUCCGCAGGACUACUUCCCCGAGUGCAAGUGGUCGAGGAAAGGCUUCAUCCGGACGAGGUGGUGCCUUGCGGACUGUGCCUUCGACUUGGUGAACAUCCAUCUUUUCCACGAUGCUUCCAACCUGGUUGCCUGGGAGACCAGCCCUUCUGUGUACUCGGGGAUCCGGCACAAGGCCCUGGGCUACGUGCUCGACAGAAUCAUUGACCAGCGAUUCGAGAAAGCGUCCUACUUUGUCUUUGGCGAUUUCAACUUCCGACUGGAUUCCAAGUCCGUGGUGGAGACUCUCUGCACAAAGGCCACGAUGCAGACCGUCCGGGCCGCCGACACCAACGAGGUCGUGAAGCUGAUAUUCCGAGAGUCGGACAACGACCGGAAGGUGAUGCUCCAGCUCGAGAAGAAGCUCUUCGACUACUUCAACCAGGAGGUCUUCCGGGACGACAACGGCACCGCGCUCUUAGAAUUUGACAAAGAGCUGUCUGUCUUUAAGGACAGACUGUAUGAACUGGACAUCUCGUUCCCUCCCAGCUACCCAUACAGUGAGGACUCCAGCCAGGGCAGGCAGUACAUGAACACCCGGUGCCCCGCCUGGUGUGACCGUGUCCUUAUGUCCCCGUCCGCCAAGGAGCUGAUUCUGAGGUCGGAGAGCGAGGAGAAGGUUGUCACCUACGACCACAUCGGGCCCAGUGUCUGCAUGGGAGACCACAAGCCCGUGUUCCUGGCCUUCCGCAUGGCGCCCGGGGCAGGGAAGCGAUGCCAGCGCCACGAGGGGACCCCCGGCGAGACCUCCCUGCAGCACGAGGAGCCACGUGCUCCGACAGCUGCAUCGACAGACCCGCCUGAGCGCCACUGCUAGACGGCCGGCCCCACACGUCGCUUCAGCCCGGACGGCGCUCCGGACAAGCCUCACAUACCUCACUGUCGUGUCUGCUCGUGUGACAUCAAGUAGAAACAUUGGGAUUUUUUAAAUAAGUCACAGUCCUGUUGCCAAAACUCUAAUAGACAGCAAAGAGAUUCUGCAUUUUAGACUUCACGGUUUUCGAUUUUUAAUCAUUGUCAGCGUGGAGGAGCUUCUCCGGCGUAGAAACCCCACAGGGCUCGGAGUCCCCUCCGUGGCGGGGCGGCCGGGGCUCUGCCGGCCAGCGGCGUGGCCUCGCUCUCACUUCUGGGGGCCCCUGUUCCCUGUUAGUCACAUGGUUUCUGAAUCACACUGCGGCUGCUUUCCAUUUUUAUAUAUAUAAAUAUAUAUAAAUAUAUACUUUUUAAAAAUAAUUUAUAAACCUUACCAAAACUUACGCUAAAUAUACUUUCCAGUAUGAACGCUUAAGUGUCAUAUCAGCAGGUAGAAUUGGCGUCUAGGGGUUUGGUUACAUGCACGUCAACACACAAAGCUAUAAAACAAGUACUACGACCCAGCAGAGACGUCAGGGGUCAGACCGACCACAGCACGUCCAUACGAGCAGCUGGAGACUCCUAGGCCUUUUUCUGUCUCAUAUUAAGAACUGAAUGUGAAGUUUAUAGCUCGCUCGGGUGUACCUUUUAAGAAUUUUGUAAACCGUUUUGUCUGUCUUUUGUUACCGUUCUAUGGUGCCAAGUAUUCUACAUAAAACAAUAAUAUCAUGGGAGAAAUAAAAAUAGCUAGUCUGCUUCCGAUAGAAACUGCUUGUAAUGUGGCCUGUGUAUAAAAAUAUCCAGAGAAACAAGCUGUACGCGUCCUUGGACGCUGAACCUCUAACGACCUGUCGUAACCCUGCUGCACGUACUUGCUCCUGGCACCCGGCGGAGCCGUGAGAGGUGGUCCCAGGGCCCAUGGAUGAAACACAAACGAAUGUUUUAUUAACUUGCUUUAACACUACAGAACUCCUGGGCUGGGUGAAGGCGCUGGGUAGAAGCUUGCUUUAGAUAAAUCACAACCGUUGCAAGUGAGCUGGCGUCCACGUGCCGAACCUGUGUCCUUGACCGUACCGUCGGGGUCUGUGUCGAGCUGUGGUCGCCCUGCUCUGGCCGACUCACGGCGAUUCUGUGCAGCGGGGUUUCAGCUGUUGGUCACUCAGGAGGCCUUUGGAAAUGACCGCUCCGGUCCCUAAGCAAUAAAAUCGAUCGUGGUGAAAAUA